AUUUUUUCAAUUUUCAGUUCUUUCCUCAGCCGCUCAGCGACAUUCUGUUAGCUGCCCGGUUUGACAUCUCAAUAUUCUCAAAGCUUUACCAGUUAAAUUGUAUAAUAAUUAUUGGUCUUAUUUUUACUCCAAUCAUUAUCCACAAAUGGGAGAUGAAGAGAUCAUCCGAAGGAGGCUGUUGUUUGAUGGCGAAGGAACUGGUGAUGAAAGAAGACUUAAUGUAUUGCUUAAAGGUUUCCUAGCUUGGUGCAACUCUACAGAUAGUGUUGAAGAAACACAAGCAUCCUACGCUAGAAUGAUUGGUCAGAUUGCCCAAUGUGAAUUUGCUGCCACAAAAUCCUUGAGGUGCUGUGAAAUGAACACUGCAGAACAGCAACACUAUGACGACCUCUACAACCAGAUUGAAGAAGGAAUUGUGUCAGCUAAAAAAGACAUUGAAGCAACCAAGAAGGAGUUGCAAGAAGCAAGACAGAUUCGCAGGAAUAAAAUGGAAUAUGAUGCUUUGGCUGCUAUUAUUCAAACACAGCCUGAUCGAAAAAGCAACCAAGAGAAGUUAUCCUUAUUGCGACAGGAACUGGAAGCCUCAGAAUGUGAAUGUCAAAAACUGGAAGCCAAAUUAGAACAAAGACGCAAACAAUUCCACUUACUCAUUUCAACUAUCCAAGGAUUACAGCAACUUCUCAACGAUGAUGAAGCAUCCUAAUUGUUCAUUUUGUAUGCAUCCCUUUUUUCUAUUUUUUGAAUAAUAAUGCUAACAAAUAAAAAUCAUUUGAAACACCAAAAAAUCUAUGUAUGAAUAAACUAUCCAAACGAUACAUAUACGACUUGGAAUGCCAUAGAAGAAUGUUUCAAAAAAACACCACCAGUUCUUCUCAACUAUCCAUAGACCUCUGGUAAGGAAUGGGUAUAGGAAUAAGU